AUGUACGUAAUAUUUCCGGCGGAUGAACUCAUAUCGUUGACAUACGGACUCGCCGUACCGAGAGUACCGCCCAGACCAACUCUGGACAACCUGCGGGAGCCUCUUGUGCCCACAGGCAGUAGGCCUUCAUCCACCACCACCACCACCACACCGUCCAGUUCCGCCACCGCCAACAAGUCCAGUGCUGCCCAACCCGGCGGAAGCAAAAAGGCGCCUCAGAAGGACGCGUCUACGCGGCAACCAGGCAAGCCACCAACCGCGCAAACCACUCCACCGGUCGCCACCUCCAAAGGACCCGCCAGACAGCCACAGCAGGACUCGGCCGAGUCGUACGAGUUGGACGGGCCGAGCGGCACCCAGACAUUGGCGGACACCAGCGAGCUGGCAGCCUUCGUCGACGAUGGUGGCCCUCGGAACGGCACCUACUCCGCAGCCACCGGUACCGCCACCGUCAACGCUAGCCCGCUAGGUUCGCCGAAGGGCAGCGGGCGGGGCGGCCCGGGGCGGGAGCAGGGGCCGGGCGCCAAGUCGAAGUCGAAGCUGCAGCUCAAGCUGGGCCGGCUGCGGCCACAUUCCUCGAUCGACCAGUGCGAGACGGCGUCGCGGGUCCGCGAGGACCAGCACAUCCACGUCUCGAACCCAGUGUUCACGCGCGACAACCUGCGCCAGCGGAACUUCGAUGCGUUCUUCGAGUCCGGCGAGCAGGUGUACUCGCUGGAGGUGCGCGAGAAGCCGUCGGCCCGCACCCUACAGGAUGGCACGCUCGGAGCGGGCGGUGGGUCCGAUCCGGGACUCGCCGACGAGCCCGGUCUGCGACCCGCCUACGCCGCCGGCUACGACUCGGCCCGGCCCGCUUCGCUCGGCUUCUUCCGGAAGCCCAAGUCACCGCUGAGCGUACGCUCCAAGAGCGCCGAGCACGAGUUCUCCGACGUCGAGACGUCCCAGAAAGAAUCAUCAAAAAGCCAUCGACAUAACAUAUUCAGCAAGCGUGGAACGACCCCGAGCGCCGGCCCGGCGUUUCAGGGACUCGGAGGCAGCAUGUCUACCUCCGGGGGCGGAGUGCUCAAGGAUUUGGGUCACCCCGGCCUAAAUGAGGCGCUCAAGUCGCACAACAGUGUAACGUUUAAGCUCGUCAAAACAGUUUCGGAUUUCAGCGAGACCUUGGCGCAGCUCUACGAACAGCACGCCGAGGCGCUGCAAGUGUUGGUUUCGAACUACCGCAAGCGGAACAGCGAGCUCCGGAAGGAGCGGCCCGCCUGUCAGUCGAAUCUGUUCGCGGCAUGGGAAACGCUGCUCCAGGAAAUCGAAGCGGAUUCGCAGGCUACGAUCGACGUGGCGAGCACGCUCUCCAGGCAGGUCGCCCGCCCGCUGCUCGAACGUUCCUUCUACCGGAAGGUUCAAAGUAGGAAAGUAUUUACACACCGGGAGUCGUUCGAUACAAUCAUUUCCAAGACUGAAGAGAAACUAUCCAAGUGCCGAAUCGAAUACAAACAAUGCUACAUCGCGCACCGGCAGAGCCCGACCCAGCACACGCUGACGCAGUACAUCGACUCGCACAACGCGUACGUGCAGCAGCUGCACGCGACCAACGCGAUGCUGGAGGCGUACCACUGCGAGACGCUGCCGCAGCUGAUGCAGGAGCUGGAGGAGAUCUACAACGACCUGUGCGGCAUCGUGACGGAGGCUGUGCUGCAGGGAGCCGAAGCCAUCGCCGCCAAGGCAGCCGAACAGGCGAAGCGCUACGACGGGCUGGCCGUGCAGUGCAAGAACGUGUCCCCGGCGCUGGAUCUCGGCUACUUCGUCCGCACGCUGCCCCUGCCCCCGAACGUGCAGCGGAUUCCCAGGAAGGCGUUCGCACCCCCGCAACCGGCCAACGCACCCACCAACGAGCCGGGCGCCGAAGACCUACCGGACUACGGCAUGGAUCCGAUGGUACCGGUGUUCAAGGAUGAGCUCGUCGUUGACCGGGGCGCAACCAUCCAAGUGCGCCCCUCGCUCGAAGCGCUCCGGCGGGAGUCGCAGGAAUUAGAAAUUCAAAUCAAACAACUGCAGGAUUCUGUAGACGCUUUAGUUCGCACACAGAUCAGAGGCAUCGAGGGCCAGCUGUACAAUAAGGCCAACGAGAUCCAGGAGGAUAUCUCGAUGAAGAAGUUCGACGUUCGGGCCAAGCAGAUCCAUCUCGCUGCGGUCCGCGCUCAGAAAGAGUUGUUUUUGGGUAGAAUAGAACCCGGUUCACCUCGCGGUGAACGUAAAAUGUCUUCUUCUAGCUCUUCCUCAAUGAAGACUAAGUGGCUAAAAGCGUUCCGAAGCCUAAAACCGGCUGGUUCGGCGAACGAUAGGAAGAGCGGCAACGGCGCACAAAUCCGCUUCGAUGGCACCGAUAAUCACAACCUGCAGGAGUACACCUACAAGAAGAUCACGCCGUGCGACGUGUGCUCGCAAGUCCUCCGAGGACACACGCGGCAGGGCCUCCGGUGCCGGAUAUGCAAGGUGAACGUGCACGCCGACUGUGCAUCGCAGCUACCGAAGUGCCAGGUCAAGCAGAAGCUGCUCCGCCGCCAGAAGAGCACCUCCGAGAUCGAGAACCGGGCGGCGGCCGAGGUGGAGGAAGAAAAUAUCCGCGUCCCCAUCACAAACCCACACACGCACCAGGUGGCGGCCAUCGAUUCGGGGGCCCGGCGUCGGCUGUUCGCCGGCUUCCGGCCCAUGUCCGGCUUCGGAGUGUUGCGGCUGCGAUCGGCACAGCAUCGGUCAAUUUCACUACCCGAAACACCUUCUAGUCCUUCGGGAACACAGCGCAAAUUCCUGUACGCCACGCGCGGCAUGAAAACCGGCUCGGUCGAUCUGCCGGACGAGAUCGAAAAGAGCCUCUCCUCGGCCAGCACCUCACCCUGCCCUUCACCGGUUCGCCAAAGUCAGAAAUCUCAUCGUCUCCUACCUACAAACCUCUACGUUGUGCUGUACAACUUUAAAUCCCGUCACCAGGAUGAGCUGGAUCUCAAGGCGGGCUACAAGGUCACCGUUAUCGAUACGUCCGAUCCCGACUGGUGGAAGGGAAAGUGCCUGGGCAAGGUUGGCUACUUCCCCUCCAAGUACUGCACCAAGCUGGCGGCCUCGGAGAAGCCACUGCAGGUAACCCACAACCUGCAGGUGACGGACAACGAGCGGGGCGAUGGCACGUUGACGCUUUUGCGUGAUCAGAUCGUUAUACAGGUUGGCGAGGAGCUGAACGGUAUGGUGAUGGUCCGCUCGGCCGACAACCGGCAGGGCGUGUGUCCAGUCAAGUACCUGCAGGAGGUCUGA